ACAAAAAAAAAUUUAGAGGCAAACACUAAGAACCACAAACCACUUCGUCGUCUAGUGUGAUUGUGCGACCGUCGUAAAACGGUGCGAGUAUCUUCACAUUUCUACAAUUUCAGUCCUCAUUGUUUCGUUUCGUUAACAAAAUAAACAGUAAACAAAAAUCUCCCAGAAAAACUCAACAAACAAAAAUGGCUUCUUCGAUCAAUCUUCGAUGUUCUUCAACCCCCUUAUAUUUUCCCAACCAAUUCAAUCUCAAUCUCAAUUAUUCACCUUUCUCGAUUUCUUUUCCAUCAAAUCUUAAACGCCUUACUCGUCUCUCAAUUCGAUCAUCUUCUGCUUCUGUAACAGCACCAGCUGCUGAGGGAUUGGCACCCGCAAUAUCCCUCACUGACAAUGCAUUGAAGCAUUUGAAAAGAAUCAGGUCUGAUCGUAAUGAGGAUCUGUGCUUAAGAGUUGGCGUUAAACAAGGAGGAUGCUCUGGCAUGUCUUACACAAUGGAUUUUGAAAGCAAAGAGAACACAAAGGAAGAUGACUCUGUGAUCGAGGUCAACGGAUUUACUAUUGUUUGUGAUCCGAAGAGCCUCCUAUUUAUAUAUGGAAUGCAGCUUGACUACAGUGAUGCACUUAUUGGUGGAGGUUUUUCCUUCCAAAACCCGAAUGCAUCAAAGACGUGUAGCUGUGGAAAAUCGUUUGCUGCACAGGCUUGAUAAUGUACGGACUAAACUAUAAGCGGUGUGAUAGUGGGGAUCUGAUUCUUUGGAUCAUGGAACAUUAGUUAUAUAUAUGUUCAGACAUGGAAUUUUCGGGACUUAGGCGUUUGCUUUAGGACGUCCCUUACGGAAUUGUACAAGCAAACUUGUAGUUUCAAUAUAUACCUUAAAACAAUAAUAUAAGUUUAGAUAAAGCUAAAAUAUUUUCACUUUGAACAAAAAGAAUUUUAGGAUAAUACUUUGUCUGUCCA